CAAUACAGGGAGAUGGGGGACACGCACCCCAAAGGCGGAGCUAUUUGUUGGACCUCAGAAAAUCGACUGACAGACUCCAGCACACUAGAAAUAUGACAGCACACAUCGAGGGAGCUUCACUUCGCCGCUGCACUCCACGAAGAGUGAGAAGAAACGGAAGAGAGGAUCAAGAAAAGAAGGACCAACGAAGCGACAGAAAGCGAAAGAAGAAGAGAAAAAGAAGUAGAGAAAAGAACAAGAAGAGGAAAUAGAAGAAGCAGAACAAGAACAAGAGCAAGAACAAGAACAAGUAGAAAUAGAAGAGAAAGAAUAACAAAAACGAAAAAGAGGCAGAAGUAGAAAAAGAAGAACAAGGACAAAUAAAAAGACAAAGACCACAGCGGGAACCAUGCGCAACGUUCUCUGCCUAAUAUGCCUGCUGUGUGUCCUGUGGGGGUGGCUGGGAGGAGCCGAGCUGACCAACGCGGGGCAGUUCACAGCGCUAGCCCCUGGCCGCUGCGGGGAGCCCUACCUCACCCGACCCACACAUUCCAUCAUCAUGUGUGCGGCCAUGUGCUCCUCUAACGGGGAUUCGUGCGAUGCGUUCAGCGUGGGGCACGAAGCGACGGGGGACGGCGGCAAGGGACGGGCGUGCGAACUCGUGACUCUCGGUUCCCUGCAAGCAAGUCCCACCACUGCAGCCAUAGCCGAGGACGUCUACUACAAGUGCUACGUGACAAAGACAGUGAGCGACCUCUUCACUACACCACCUCCAACAUCCACCACAACCCCUACACCCACAUCCGCUGCUCUCAGCACCAUCACUACUGACAGGAGUCCAUGA